UGUGAAAUGUUAUCAAACAACGCCUGUAAACUGCGAAUUUUAAUGAAAUGUCAGUAUUACGUGUAAAUACAAACUGCUUGUCUAUUUUGUAAGCUGUGUUACUUCCUCUGUCAUUUUCUACCGACGUGUUCUUGUUGAACUGAUAAAGAACGUUUUUGAUCAGGUGGAUUUCCAACACUAACAACAACAACAACAACGAUAUUACUUGUUGAUGUUGGAAGCUUAAGUGUUACUGAGUUUGAAGUGGUACGACUUGAUUGAGAAACAAUGGCCUCAGCAGAAGCAGAGACUACUAAACCUUUGUUUAGAAACAUUACUGCUGAUGACAGUGUUCCUGAGAUCACAGAGAUUAGCAGUCUGUGUGUGAAGUGUGAACAGCAGGGUGUGACACGGCUAUUUCUCACCAGGAUACCUUUUUUCAAAGAGGUGGUAGUUUCCUCUUUUGAUUGUGAACAAUGCGGGCACAAAAACAGUGAACUGACACCUGCAGGCAGGAUUCAGGACAGAGGGGUCACAGUUUGUGUGAAGAUUUCCUCACCACAGGAUCUAAAUAGACAGGUGGUUCUGAGUAGUUCCGCUGUUGUGUCCAUACCAAACAUUGAGUUUGAAGUGCCACCAUCCAAGGGAGCACUGACAACUGUGGAGGGUAUAAUGCAGAAAGCUAUAGAGGAUCUGUCUCAAGAGCAGCCUGUCAGAAAGGCACUCAACCCACAGCUUGCAGACCAGAUUGAGGAAUUCUUGGCAAAGUUACAAGAUUUGAAGAGCGGCAAGAAACCAUUUGAAUUCGUUGUCGAUGAUCCGAGUGGAAACAGCUUUGUGGAGAAUCCUUUAGCUCCACAGAGAGACCCAGCCAUGACCAUCACACAAUACAAGAGGAGCAAAGCUCAGAGUGAAAACUUGGGGAUAAACGACCAGUGUGGAGCUGAAGAUGUCCCUGUAAAGAAACCUGAGGCUCCAGAGGAGGUGAUGGCCUUUGACGGAAACUGCCCUAACUGUUGUUCCCCAUGUGUAACAAACAUGAAACUUGUCAACAUUCCUCAUUUUAAGGAGGGUUGUUAUCAUGGCAACAUCUGUGAUGCCUGUGGUUUUCGUGACAAUGAGGUAAAGGGAGCAUCUGGGAUUGGAGAGAAGGGAAGAAAAUCACAUUGAGAAUUACAGAUCAGGCUGACAUGACCAAGAGAUAUACUCAAGAGUGAUACCUGUUCUAUUGCUAUCCCUGAGCUUGAGUUUGAGACGGGCAUGGGUUCCAUAGGGGGCAAGUUUACAACCCUGGAGGGACUGCUGAACAACAUCAAGGACAUGUUGGGUAACAACCCCUUUACAAGUGGUGACAGCUCCACACUGAAGGACAAAUUGGAAGAGUUUUGUAUGAAACUUGAUGCUGUCAUUGCUGGGGAGAGGCUGAAUGUGACAAUAGUGCUAGACGACCCUGCAGGUAACAGCUAUGUUCAGAACCUCUAUGCCCCAGAAGAGGACCCAGAAAUGACCGUGGAGCUGUAUGACAGGACAGAGGCUCAGAAUGAAGAACUUGGGAUAAAAGAUAUGAAGACAUGAUACAUUUGUAAAUAGAUAAAUUUGUACAUUGUGAAUGGAGACCUUUGUCACUGCAUUGGGACUCAAGCCAGCUUGACCGACAUUAGCAGUUUGCACACAGAAUGUCAUCUCAGAGAUAGGAUUGAACAACAAAGCACACAGCUUUGGUCAGGAUUACCUUAAGCGGGAAGGUUGGCUAU